AUGCUUUUGUUUCUUUUUUCUCUCAGUGUUUCAUUGAACAUAAAAACUUGCCUUCCUCCAGAAUGUUCUAUUGUAACUAUUGAACAGCCUUUAGAUCAUUUUGGUUCUACAAAUGAAACAUUUUAUCAGAAUUAUACAAUUAUCGAUAAAUUUUGGCCAGAAAAUAGCACAACUUCGAAUGUAAUUCUAUACUUAGGACAUACAAUUAACGUAGAGACAGAAGAAAUCGAUAAAUUACCAGUUUUCGAGCUCGCAAAUUAUUCAAAAGCAAUUUUAAUCGUUGUUCAACAGAGAUUCUUUGGUGACUCUACACUUGAUCCAUAUGAUAGUAAAAUAAACAAAUUUUUAACUAUUGAUCAAUGUGUUGAAGAUCUCGCUAAUAUUGCACGAAGCAUAUCAUGGAAACCAUGCUCAGGCAAUCAAUCCAUUACUGUUGUUGGUGCUGGCUUGAUGGGCACCAUUGGUUCCAUAUUCAAACUUAAAUAUUCUUCACUUGUCAACUUUUCAUGGAUAUCAUCACCGAUUCUUAAUUUCAAAAAGACAGCUUUCGAGCUCGACUUCUUUUUAGGUACACAAAUUAAUCGCAGAGACCCUGUUUGUUUUAACAAUUCAUUAAAUCUCUUCGAUAUCAUAUCCAAUUACCAAAAUUCUUCUAAAGAAUACAAUGAUUUCAUUACAAAUAUCGGAGUUGAUGAAUCUAGGAACUUUGGAAGUGCUAUAUACGUUUUACAAGAUUUUUAUUAUUAUUUACUGACAGAAAACCAAGAUAUGCUUGGUAAAUACUGUCGUAGCUUGAACACAAGUGAAAGCAAGGUUGAUUCUCUUAUUACUUAUGUCAAAAAUUGGAAGAAAACAAAAAAUUAUUCUCCAAACCAAAUGGAUCCAAUGAUUAAAACCUGGAAAACACAAAGCCAGAAGAGUAAAUUAUUCAUGCAAUGUAAUGAGAUCGGUUUAUUCAAUGUAACUGGAUUUUUCCUCCCUUCAGAUUUAGAUACAGAUUAUUACCAAGAAGUUUGCAUGAAUAUGUUCAAUAUCGAUAUAAGUAAGAAAUCUAUAAACAUUAUGUCGAGAGAUUUGUACGGAGCUUCGAAUAUUAAAACAACAAAUUCUAUUUAUACUUCCUGUGACUUAGACCCGUUUGUUAACCUCACUGUAGGAAUUACAGACUAUUCCAUCCAGAAAUUGCACUACUAUAUCGCACAUAAUGGAAUUUCAUGCGAUAUGAGACCAGCGGCAAUUACUGAUGGCGAUGAUUUGAAUUUGAUGAAACCACUUAUUAUGCAAAAGAUUUCGAAUUGGAUGCACGGUUACUGCGCAAAGAAUUGUAAUUCAGAAAAUGGACAUUGUUUACUUCAUACUUGCGUUUGCAAGCCCGGUUUUCAUGGUUAUAAUUGCGAGAAGAAUGAUAAAGAUAUGAUCGUCCGUUUCGACGCUUUCAUUACGUUCUUGAUUGUCCUUCCAACUUUCAUUUUAGGUGCUGCUGGUGUCGGAGCAUGGAUUGUAUUUACAAAAGAAAAAAUGAUGCCAUAA